GCUGCUGCAGCGGUUGUCCUGGUAACUGUGAUGAUGGUUCUAGAAGACGCUCCGACUGUUCACAGAAGUCAGAAAGGGCGACUACCUCUCCUCAUGUCCUAUUCCACCAGCCCCAGGCGCACGGGCCUGCCCCGGACGGUACUGCGCUGGCUGCAGAGUCUCGACCUCACCUUCUCGCCUACACAUUUCCGUAGGGAUUUUUCAAAUGGCUAUCUCAUUGCUGAGAUAUUCUCUUGGUACUACCCAGAAGACAUUCAAAUGCGUUCCUUUGAAAAUGGGACUUCACUAGCUAUCAAACUCAGCAACUGGUCACAGCUUGGAAAGUUCUUUACAAAAAGAAACCUGAAGCCCAUUCGAGAGCUGAUUGAUGGGACCAUUCAUUGUAAACCAGGAGCUGCAGAAAUAUUUGUACAAGACAUUUAUACAAUGCUGACAAACAGGCGGAUAAAACACAUUCAGGAUGAAGAGAUUGACUUUACAGAUCGUAUUUAUCAGGAUAAAUUACCAAUGGUUGCGAGAUCAACUGCUUCAAGGGCAAUUAAAUCCAACAUUAAGCUAACAGAAGUAAUGGUAGAGCCAAAUAUCCAAAAAAACAGACAGAAGGUAAAUGCCAUCAUCAACAUGCAUAUGCAGCGAAGGUUACUAGAGAGGGAACAAGAUCCAGGACGGUUUAGUAUUCAAAAAACGCUGGGAGAGCGUGCCAUUCGUCGUCCUUCUAUGAUGGCUCCUUCCAUAAGUACAACUAAUAUUCAAAGGGAGAAAUCUAUUCCUGUGCCAAGUAUAGCAUCUACAGAAAUCAGAGGCAAAAUGGGAGUUCAUUUCAAAACGAUCCAAGUAAAGCAAGCUGAGAGAUGCCCUUUUGAUGUGAAUUAAAUGUUGAAGCUCCAAGCUCCCUUCUGAAAGAAUGUAAUUGGAGAUCAUAGAGUGUUGAUUUUUGAUGCAUUAGAAGUCUUAUGACCAAGUUUUGUUACCCUAUUAGAGAAUAUGUGCCUUACGGCUAUGCUCAAUAAAUCAUUCAUGCUGAGAUAGAA